UCUAACAUGUAAAAGAUAUGACUUGAUUCUCCCAUUGAUUCUUUCUUCAUUUAAUCUCUACUUGUUUAACAAGCUCAUCCUACCAAGACUUUCAACGCCCAUCCUUGACACCUGUAGCUACUUCAAUUUUCUGAUACAUUAACCGUAAAUACAUAUAUAUAUAUGCACACACACAAACACACAGGUAUAUGCAUAAUAUGUAAUCAAUACCACCCAAAAAAAAAACCAGUACCUAAAAACUCCUCUCUCCAUUCUUUCCUUUGAUUUUAGUGGGUGUUCUGGCAAACAUGCCUUUUAGUUGGGGAAGAAGAAAGGCAAAAUCUGAAAAUGCAGCAAAAAAGAAUCUGCUAAAUCUGAAGAUGGAUCAGCUAAAUAUUCCCACUCAUUUUCUUUGUCCAAUAUCCCUUGAUCUCAUGAAAGAUCCUGUUACCCUCUCCUCUGGUAUAACCUACGAUCGGAAAAGCAUAGAGAAGUGGCUUGAAGAAGGGAACUUCACCUGCCCUGUUACUAACCAGGUGUUAAAGAGCUAUGAUCAGAUACCUAAUCAUAGCUUGAGGGUGAUGAUUCAAGAAUGGUGUGUGGAGAAUAAAAGCUUUGGGAUCGAACGGAUACCCACUCCGAAAAUACCCGUUUCAGAGUUUGAAGCGUCGGAGGUGCUUGUAAAAAUUACUGAGUUGACCCGGCAGUCGGAUCGACGGCUCUGCUUAGAUUUGGUGAAGAAUACGAAAAAAUGGGUUGGUGAAAGCGAGAGAAAUCGGCGCUGUAUUGUCGCUAAUGGAGGUGCUGGUGUUUUGGCUAGAACGUUUGAUACAUUUGCGGGGGAGAAUUAGAGUUCUUUUGAAAGGAACCAAAACUUGCUGGACAAAAUUUUAUGUGUUCUAAAUUAUAUGUUUCCACUUGACAUGGAAGCCAGGAUUUCAUUGGGUUCAGUGAGUUCUUUACGUUGCAUGGUUUGGUUUUUGAACCAGAAAGAUUUUGAAGCCAAACAGAAAUCUUUAUUCACACUUAAAGAGCUUAUUUAUUCUGACCAACGAUUUGUACAACCUCUGGCAGCCAUUGAAGGAGUUAAAGAAACUCUGUUUCAGUUCAUCAACAAACCCAUUUCCCCUGCUAUCACAAGGUCCUCACUAAUGGUGAUUUUCAACUUGGUAUCUGCAAAUUAUGAUAAUCGGGGGAAGACCCAGGUAUCAUUUGUGAAGAUGGGUAUGAUUCCAGUGCUAAUUAAUCUCAUAAUCGACUGUGAAAGGAGCAUAAGCGAGAAGGCAUUAGGAGUUCUUGAUAUGCUCUGUGAUAGUAAAGAAGGGAGAGAAGAAGCCUGCAAGAACGCUUUGGUUAUACCAGUUUUGGUGAAGAAGAUUCUAAGGGUAUCUGAGAUGGCGAGUGAGUAUUCAGUUUCUGCGAUUUGGAAGCUGAGGAAGGAGGAAGGUGGGAGAGUUUUGGUUGAAGCUGUUAAAGUUGGAGCUUUUCAGAAGUUGCUGGUGGUUUUACAGGUUGGGUGUGGUUAUGGGACGAAGAAGAAAGCGACUGAGCUUUUGAAGAUCUUGAAUCUCUACAGGGCCGAGUUCGAGUGCAUUGAGUCAAUUGAUUUCAAGGGAGUGAAGAGAUCUUUUUGA